CAAUCACGUUGACGUCUGUCGCCAUUUCCUCGCGCGGAGGAGCCCGUUCGUUUAUUUUGCAAGCUAUGGCAGAAGGGAAUGGAGAGAUAAAAAUGGAAGAAAAACAAGAAAUGGAAAAUGUAGAACGGACAGAAGAUUUUAACAAACUCAUGCAAUACGGGCUAGACGAGAAAGUGGCUGCCAAAUUGGAUGAAAUUUAUAAGACGGGAAAAUUAGCUCAUAUUGAUCUGGAUGAAAGAGCUCUUGAUGCCUUGAAGGAAUUUCCAGUUGAUGGUGCGCUAAACGUGCUUACACAAUUUCUGGAAUCUAAUCUGGAACAUGUAUCCAAUAAAUCGGCAUACCUUUGUGGAGUAAUGAAGACGUACAGACAAAAGAGUCGUGCUGGUCAAGGUACAGGCACCAGCACGACACCUAAGGCCCCAGAUGAAGACAAAAUCAAAUUAAUUCUGGAAAGAACGGGAUAUCCUUUGGAUGUAACUACUGGACAAAGAAAAUAUGGUGGUCCUCCACCAAAUUGGGAGGGUCCAACUCCUGGCACUGGUUGUGAGGUAUUUUGUGGCAAAAUCCCAAAAGACAUGUAUGAAGACGAAUUAAUUCCAUUAUUUGAGAAAUGCGGAAAAAUUUGGGACUUGAGACUGAUGAUGGAUCCCAUGUCAGGUUCCAACAGAGGAUAUGCAUUUAUCACAUUCACUAAUAGGGAAGCUGCGCAGCAGGCUGUUCGAGAGCUCGAUAAUCACGAAAUAAAACCCGGCAAGAGUCUGAAAGUAAACAUUAGCGUUCCUAAUCUACGUCUUUUCGUGGGGAACAUACCAAAGUCAAAAGGCAAAGAGGAGAUCUUGGAGGAAUUUGGUAAAUUAACAGCUGGCCUGACAGAGGUGAUUAUCUACAGUUCACCAGAUGACAAAAAGAAGAAUAGAGGUUUUUGCUUUUUGGAAUACGAAUCUCACAAAGCAGCUUCCUUAGCCAAGCGAAGGUUAAGUACUGGACGUAUUAAAGUUUGGGGAUGUGAUAUUAUUGUUGAUUGGGCCGACCCUCAAGAGGAGCCAGACGAACAAACCAUGUCCAAAGUACGUGUGCUUUACGUACGAAAUUUGACGCAAGAUUGUUCUGAAGAAAAACUGAAGGAAAGCUUUGAACAAUAUGGCAAAAUUGAGCGAGUGAAAAAAAUCAAGGAUUAUGCAUUUAUACACUUUGAAGAUAGAGAUAAUGCUGUUAAGGCAAUGAAUGAAUUAAAUGGUAAGGAAAUGGGUGGAUCCCACAUAGAAGUUUCAUUGGCAAAACCACCAUCCGAUAAAAAGAAGAAGGAAGAGAUGUUGCGCGCCAGGGAAAGACGAAUGAUGCAAAUGUUACAGGGCAGAGGCGGUGGAUCUCCUUCUCAUCCGAGCAUGAUGGGAGGUCCAAUGCCAGUUCGUGGGCCCACACAGGGACCUCGGGGUACUGGUGCAGGUAUGCGUGGACAGAUGGGACGAGGCGAUUAUGAUUAUGAUUACGACUAUUACGGUUAUGGGGAUUAUCGAGGUGGCUACAGUGAUCCCUAUUACGAUGACUAUUAUCGAUAUGAAGAUUACUAUUUCGAUUAUGCGCCGCCUCCGCCGCCUGCCAGAGGGAGAGGCAGGCAGCCUCAACCGGCUGGUCGUGGCCGUGGAGUAGUGCCACGUGGCCGAAUCGGUGGCCCGCAAGCCCGUGGGCCAGUCAGGGGGGGACGCAACCCCGCAGCUUCAGGGGCCCGUGGGGUCCAGCGGCUGGCCGCUCGUGGGGGGGUCCGCGCCAAGGGAAGUUUACCAGUAAACCAUCCAAUCCUUCUCACCAAGGUAUCCAAGUCCCAUCCAUUUAAUAGUAAUAAAACUGUAGCAGGUAAACGAAAAUUUGACGGGGGUCACCAGAACCAGGGGGAAUCUAAGCGUCGCUUCCAGAGCAAUUGGGGAAACCAGCCCCUUGCCCAACAACCACUGGGCAAUGCAUAUGGAUUGGCGAGUGUAAAUGGUGGCAGUGGUGGUGGUGGCGGUGACAUAGCUUUCGGAGGUAGAGCCGGCACACUCGGCGGUGUUUCCGGCGACGAUCACGAAUGGUAUCAAGACUCUUAUCAGUCGUGGAGCUAACUUCUGCAAUCCUGUGAGUGAUAAAAAAAUAUGCACGAACAAAUGCAUGAUAAACGAAGUGAGAAACAAAAAACAUAAAAUAUAAGGGAAAAAAUAAAAUAAAAUCAGACUGACGAAACGUAGAGAGGGGGGGGAGGGGGAACUCGAGAUGAAGGGAAGGAAAGAGAUCAUCCAUUUGUAUUAUUAUCGCUCUUAAUCGAAUUCAAAUAAUGUAAAUGUUUUUUCAUAUUAAUGAUACGCAGCAAAUGUAUUCUGCGCCACCACCAUCGCCCACUGUUAUUGUGAUUAUGUACAGUGAUGUGCCACUGAGACUAAUUAUUAUAUCGGAGUGUGACCACCCACCCACCCCGUACUAUUAUUAUUAUUAUGAUACUAAUACUAAUCUAAGUACCACUACUGCAUUGUCACAUUGUUUACUGCCAAGUGAUGAAGAUCAGCGAUGUUGACAUAGGGAUUGUGAUGGCUUGUAUUAGUUAAGAGAACUCAUGGAAGCCUGCGGUUUAUUACGCGAUGAUUAGAUGUUUUGAAUCUAUGUGACGAAGCAUGUGUGUUAGAUAGGACGAAAUAAAUAGCAUGAGGGAGAAAAACGGAGAAGUUACAAACGAAAGAUAGAAAUCGAAAAGACGGAAGUUCAACUUUGAAGAGAUAGAAAAUGUAGGUCGUAUAGACAAGCAGAAGACGCAGGGCGAGAAUGCGAUAUUUAGUAAAUGUGCGAGAGAGAGAGAGAGAGAGAGAAAGAGAGAGGAAGAGAGAGAGAGAGAGAGAAAUUGUUUUUAAACGGAAUGUGUCUGUGUGUGUGUAUUUGUGCGUGGAGCGCGCCAAGCGUGCCACAAGACCUUCUAUUGUUGGUCUAUAAAUGUGUACAGUGAAACUAUUAUUAUUAAGAGUCACACAGGCAAAGUUUUGUGAAAGUAGAGAGUAUGAAACGAGUUGCAACGGUUCUGCGAAUGUCUCCUAAAUUAGGUUUCGGUUACAGCCAUGCCAGGGUUCUAUUGGAUAAGAAAAAGGAAAAUGGAAAAAAAGAGUAUUGCUCACAAUCGAGAGAAAACCCACUUGUACAGUAAAUUUUUCAAUGACAGUAUCCAAGUAGCAAGGCAAACUCGGAUCUAAAUUAUAAUAUAUUUAUUUGUUAAUGUGUUUCUUUUUUUUAUAUUUAAAAAAUCAAUCGUUGAAAACAAAUAUCUAAAGUGAAUCUAUUCCCUUUGAAAGGGAAAUAAAAAAGAGUGUAUUGUUUCUUCUAAAUUUUAUGUAAAAAGUAAAUUUGUUUCUUGUAUUCUUUUAUAAAAAAAAAAGAAAGGAAGAGAAGUUUUUAAAGAUGACUGACUAUGAAUUUGAUAAUGAUAGUCACAGAUUGAAGUAGAAUGUAAAAUGUAAUGUUUACAAAUGCAUGAAACACAUACAGCACACAUUUUGAGUGUUGACUUGUUGUUAUUGUUAGUCUGUUAGUUAAUUAGUAAGAGUUGUAAGUGCGGGCUGUAGUUGGUCCCUGUCCCUGGAGCCCAGACACCCCCUGUUCUGGAUGAUUAUUUGAAAAAGGGGAGAAAAAAAGAAAACAUAUGCAAAUCAUUUGUAUUUUACACGCACCCCCGGAAUAUGAAGACAAAUACGGUAUAAAAAUAAAAAAAAAGAGAAAACGGAUAUUGUAAUAACGGAAUAGCAUAUCAGACUUCUGUUUGUUAUAACAUACCAAAUGAGACGACACAACUACACACAUACAUAUAUAUAUAUAUACACACACACAAAUACACACUUACCCAUUCAUAUACCUACGCAUGCGCGCGCACAUUCACACUCACUCAUUCCAUUAUCACAUACAUAUACACGCGCAUAUAUGCGCACAUACACAUACGUACGCUCGCAUGCACGUGGAUACGUAUGACACUUAACAUACAAUAAUGGUUAUAUAUGUUAGCCUCUCGGAUUGGAUUUGGUACAAUAAUAGGAUUGAUGGAUGAUAUAUGUAAUAAGAUAUUGAGUGUUUAACACUGAACGAAUAUGCCACAGAUUGACCAACCAGAUAUACAAAAGAUCGCAUAUACAUCCUAUCAUAAUAUGAUAUUGCCGUGUAUGAUUUUAUAGAUUCACAUUGCACUCCCUCUUUCCUCACACACACACACACACACACACACACACACACACACACACACACACACACACACACACACACACACAAUGUGAAAAAUGCGAAACGAUAGACGCACCAAUGGACGAAAUGUUUGAAUGACGAUAGAUUAUUCGCCCGAUCUCGUGUUUUACGAGCAUUUUGUUAAUUUUUAUUCAUGUUUUUACUUAAGUCUAAUUCUUCUUCGUCAUCGAUACUGUUUUACUGAUAACGAUGAAUUAACCACAUCUAGUAAUAACACGCGAUUAGACGAAAGAAAAAUUUCCCUUUCUUAUACACAUGACUUGUCCCCAGUAAUUGCGAUCAUUGUUUCUAAAAACGAAAAAAAAA